AUGAAUAGCUCUAGACGCAUGGGGUUCUCCAUAGACACAAACCACAACGGCUCCGGAGCAGCAAUAGACGAUGUAUCGAGGGCUACAUCUCCUGGUGGUACCGUCCUCGAGCAGAAUGGUGUAGGUUCAGCCGAGGCCCAAGUACAUCGCAAUCGCCCACGAACAUACCCUUACUUCACUACCCUACCUUACGAGGUAGAAACAGAUCAGAGAAGGCAGAAUGACUUUGCAGAGAUAUUGAAAUACCUGUAUAUCGCCGUCGAGGCUGGCGACUUCACUCCAGGAGCCGUACAUUGGACUCGAGAACUGCGCAGCUGGUUGUCCUUGAAAUUCGAUCCAACGAAAGAGCAAAGAACAAAGCUAGUCAAGCUCUACUAUGAGCUGGCCCUGGCCCCGGGCAUUGAGCCCAGCGUUGCUGAGCGCUUCGCAAGUAUGUUUAUGAUGUUGACCAAAAAGAAACAUUACCUAAAGCCUCGCAAAGAGCUCAUCUUGGACUGGCGGCCGCUUUUUCGCGAGCUGAAGCUGUUCGUGUUGCCGGGAGAGUCAGGUUUGGUACAGACUACCAAUCUUAAGAGGAACCCGAAGACCUUGACCAAGUUAUGCUCCUUCGCCCAGCUAUACUUCGACCCCGAGGAGGUUCCAGCAAUGCUUGAAGAGUUCUUGCCACAUUUUACAAUGUCGUUUGUUGAGAGUGCAUUCGUCGUUGUCGGUUUACUGAACCUCAUGAUACCUACAGCUCCAGCACCCAAGGAGCGGCAGGACCUAGCAACCUCGAAAAUCUUACCCACAUACUUUCACCUCUGGUCACUAAUGAACAGAUCCCGCAGCGUCGAUGUAUCUUUCCUCGAUGUCUUCUCCCGCAUAGCUCGAGAGUCCCUACCAGUUGCACAUGUAGAUUUUGGAGAAUUUGGAGUCUUCACGGCUGAGCAGUCCACCCUCAUAUUCACUGCCAUUCUGCGCCUCCUCGAGAUACCUGUCGGCCAGUCAACCUCGCCAUACAGUCCUUUAGUGGAUCUCGCCGCAGGCAUGGGUAUGCUCUUGGAAAGAGAUUCGAGAAAGCAUCCAGUCUCACAUCACGUUGCCAGAUGGAUUGUAAUGUCUCUAUCACCAGCAUCUCUUGAGAGCGAAACAUCCAUCCUCACCCUUCUGGAAAGCUUGAUUCAAGCUAUCGAAACUUUCUUCCAUCCCUCCAACUCAGGGUCGUGGACCAGGACAUUGGCUCAAUUGGUCUUUUAUCUGGCUGACUUCUUUGUCAUGCGCUGGAACAGGGAGCAGAACGGGGAGAUGGGUGUGCCUGCAGAACGACGUCUGACGCCUGCCAUUCGACGACGCUUCGUCCUGUGCCUGAAAGACGUCAUUUUCAUGGGUAUCUAUGCUAAAAGUGGCACUGCCAUGAGCUAUUCCUUGUCUACACUCCAAGCCUUGGCUUACCUCGAACCUGACCUGAUACUUCCUGGUGCUCUACAGCGCAUCUACCCUUCAAUGCAGGGUCUGGUUGAAGUACACCGGACGGUAUCAUCGCUCCGAUCUCUGCAAGUCUUAGCUCGUACUAUCAUCCGAUCCAAAGGCUACCGAUGUCAUGUCACCGCUCUGCUCGGUCUUGCCCUACCUGGUAUCGACGCCAAUGAUCUGGAAAAGACUCUUUACACAUUGUCAUUCUUCCAGAACGUGUGCUACAACAUACCUUUUCAAGAUCUUUCCAGAGGACGGGACGAUGUAGAAGGCAACAUGCUUGCUAUGCAGUGGAUUACAGGCGAGAUGGAGAAGAUGGAGACCGAAGGUGCGAACGUGCAGCUCAACUAUUCCGAACUCGACGAAAGAGAAGAAGAAAUGAUUCUCGCAUCGUCCACGGCUGGCUUCGCCGAGUUUGUCACAUCCUUUCUAGGACGAGUCUUUACUCUGCUCGAAAAUUUGCCAGAUGUCACACGCCUUCGCACUGGGUCGCCAGAAGAGAACAUUGUCAACACUCUGCCUGCGGCUUUCAUGCCUUUGCUAUCGUCUCUCUCUGAAGAGCUCUACGACAUGGUGCUCAACAAGAUCGUCGACUUUGUGGCCAACCACGUCAUCCAUCAAGCAAGAGACGCCAUGGCUUUCAUCUGCAAUUGCCUAUGCAAGGUGAACCCGGAAAAGGCACUUGCCAAAUUCGUACCUGUGCUGAUUGGAGCUAUACGUACUGAGAUUGACGAAUAUGGCGCCGGCUCUACAAGAAGCGCUGCGUCGGACGUUCUUCCCAGAGAUCGUGGUCUAGUGUGGAAUGUCAGCAUGCUCAGCAUGUGCGUUGUACAUGUUGGCGAUGCAGUCUUGAAACACAAACAGGAAUUAUACAACAUAGCUGUCUACAUGCAGAAAAAUUGCAAAGGUAUGCCGACCGUGCACAUAUCAAACUUCGUGCACCAUCUAUUGCUCAACUUGAGUGUCAUCUUCACGGCCGAUUAUGCUCUGUACGAACAAGACAAGUUGCAGAAUGGUGUGACUGCAGCUCUAUGGGGUCUCUCAGAGCCUCCUCAAACAGUGCGUCCAAAGUGGCACGUGCCGAGUAAAGAAGAGCUACAAUUUGCCAUUGAGCUGUUUGAAAAUCAGUCCCGGACUGCCAUGGAGCAACUGACGGGGCUCAUCGACGGCACCGCGAGCGUGAAGCGGGACGGGAGUGGCAAAGACUGGCAGGAUGAGGUCUCAAGAAACCUGGUCCUUCUGAGAUUGAUGUUGGCAGGCGUUUCAGUUCUGUUCGACGCGAAUGGUGUCAACGAAGGUCUGACUACAACAGUUGCUGGCGUGGAUGCAGAUACUGCCAUGAACCAAGCCAACGGCCACGUGCCCGAGGAUGGUCCUGCUCUUGAAGAAAACGAUGCAGCACUUGACGGCACGGACGAAACGUCGAUCAAGCCCUCGUUCCAGUACCCAGUCGGUUAUCCAUUGACCCAAGACGAUGAGUUAUACAAAACCAUUCACAAGACACGACAGCAGAUCGGACACGUUUUACACAAAGUGCACAAGUUCUUGACAGCAGAAGGAGAGGACGAUGUGUCUCUGUUCGGUCCACUCUAUACUGCCUAUAGGUCAUGGUUCGUGGAUGUUGGCAUCGAGCGAUCUGCUCAUGUUCUUGAUCGAGUCACAAGACUUUUGCAUGCUGAUGAACAGCCCUACAAAGUCAGUGGCAUACGCAAAGACUAUCCAAGAGCCGUGCUUGUUAGGAGAGCUAAUGUCUAUCACACACAAAGACUGCGACACAAUGCUGCUCCUCGACCUAGAUCGGAUCUCGACGAGCAGCUUCUGAUGGAUCUUAUCGACUCAUCAACAUCACUGUAUACCGAGGUGAGGAGAAAUGCUCAGAGUGCUGGCGAGUCGGCACUGAAGGUGGUCUUUGGAGCACGGCUCUUUGUGAUAGCCCCAUUGCUUAAAGCAUUCCAAAAAGCUGUCCGAGAAAAUGACCAUCCACGCAUUAAGGGUGGCUUGUUUGCGCUCCUUUUUGGCAGUUUGGCCAAGACUGUUGGCAGACACUGGAAGUACACACCGGAUGUCAUUCGAACCUUCAUCGAAGCAACGUCGGUCGACAAACCUUCCAUACAGAAGUUAUGUAGUGGAGGUCUGUACCAGAUCAUGGACUACGGCAGGCCAGUCGAUAGGAUGGCCAUUGUCGACAAGGUUGCUGUUGAACCACUCACACCUACGCAGGAUGUGGAGAAUAUCAUAUCGAGAAAGAAGAAGUUCAUACUUCGAAAGAGAACUAGUAUCGAGCAACGCAAAGCCGACCUAGCCGAGGAAUUGAUUGACCUUGCUCGAAAAUCUCACUGGAAAAAGGCAUCAAGAGUGGCGACCAUUGUGAUGAGCCUUGGAAUGAGAUUCCACCACAUCGCGUCUGAUAGUAUGAUCGACCUGAUUACCAGAGGCACUAUAGACUCACAUCCUGGCUUGCGUGGCAUUCAUAGUCAAGGACUUAUUGCACUCUUCACUAUGACCGACGUUCGUGCUGUAUGUAACCACGACUAUGCGAACUACAUACAAAGCCAUCAGCGAUUUCCUGCAAGGGUCAAGAUUCCUGUUGAAAAGGGCGAUACUGCAUUCACAGAAACGUACUUGCAGAAAUUCGCACAAGCCGAAGCCGACGUGUAUAUUGACCAUGAUUAUCCUGGUUGGCUGGUGUGGGGUAAGUCAAUGCCAGGCUACAAAGCGAACAUCAAAAAUGAUAUUGAGUACGAUGAGCUAGAAUGGAGAAAGCGUGCGGUCAUUGGCAAGAUCCUGACCAAGGAGUGGUUCAAAACGUUCUUCGAGUAUCUCAAACAGGAGCCUAGGGAUCAGUCAGCGGACAAAUUCCGAAUGGCUAGUGCUAUGAUGCUAACCUACGCCUUCGAGCUCAUAAUAAGGGACGAACUAGCCACAGCCACGUUUGAAGAUAUUACACAGUUGACGACCGAGGUCUUUGCUGAUGGUAGUGACAAGCACUCACACCGUGCCACAGCUGAGAUACUGGCUGGCCUCAUCACUGCAGUCAUGGACACCUCCAUCCAGAGACGAACGAAGAUCUGGGAGUUUGCCUUUCCAAUCCUACAGAGGGUUUUCUCUGAAGGACUGAACCCUGAAAACUCUGGAUACUGGACCACAUUCUUGCACAUGAUUAUGCAGGCAAGAGAUCCUCGAAGAGCAUGGCCACUGGUUGAGUGGCUCUCGAGCUUCAGACUUGAUAUGAACUCGAACGCGGCCUUCAAGGAGAGCUCGAAGAUCUACCUCCUCAACCAGGUUAUUAUGGAUGCGGGCUGGCAUUUCCAACUUGAUGGGCCAAUCAAAGCAGAUUUUGUUUCUCAUAUCGAUCACCCUUAUAAAGGCGUUCGUGAAGCCAUGGCACAAACACUUGCGGCGAUUUACCGCACUCGAUACCACGAAUCUUUCGAGAACGUUUCUGAUUUGAUUCAAGCUCAACAAAAAGCAGGAUCUCUUGGCCAGGCGCCGUACGAACCAAGUGAGGAGUUCAACAAGACGAUGCACGAAACGUUCGAGCGUCUGGAAAAGUGGCGACACGAGAGAACACCUGGUCAGCAGACGCCUUCAGCAUACACUUCUGGAAGCAAGACCGUUUUGCUCUGGCUUGACUCGAUGUUGUCGUCCUAUGAGUGUACACAGCUGAUCAAUUACUUCCCCGAUCAAUUCACCGAAGCCUUCUUACACAUGAUGGAUGUGAAAGAGGAUCCCGAACUGCAGUCACUGGCUUACCACGUCUUCCGACACUUACCCAACAUUCCUCAUCGGGUCGGUGCUGACGAGAAAUUGGUCGAUUCUUUGAUAAGCAUUGGCCAAAAGUCGCCGUACUGGCAUCAGCGUCUUCGAGUCAUGAUCAACAUGCAAAUUAUCUUUUUCAGACGACUUUUCCUGCUCUCUGAGGCCACAAAGCAAAGACUCUUUGAUUGUGUUGCUAAGAUGCUGGAAGAUAGUCAGCACGAAGUACGAGCGGGAGCAGCAGCUACUCUUUCGGGCAUGAUCAGAUGUUCUCCUUUGGCACUUCGUGAGCGUAUGAUUCACAACUUGAAGGAUCGUUUCACGAAGAUGCUUGAACAGAACCCGUUGCCGAAGAAACCCAAGACUAAAGCAGCUGUGUUGACGGCCGAGUCUUCAGCACGUGGUAGUGGUUCACAGACACCAACUCCUGAACACCAAAGACUGAUCCUGACACGUCAUGCAGCAGUUCUGGGUCUCGGAUCACUUGUUAAUUCCAGUCCUUAUAGCUCACCUCCAGCUGAGUGGAUAAUCGACGUCCUGAUCACACUGAGCACGAAAGCAGGCAACGAUACAGGUGCAGUGGGAUCAAGCGUGAAGUCGAUCAUUGGAGACUUCAAGAAGACUAGACAGGAUACAUGGCACAUUGAUGUCAAAGCAUUCAAGCCGGAGCAAGUGGAAGAUUUGAGUGGUUUGUUGCGAUCCAGUUAUUUUGCUUGA